UAUUUGGAAGUUAUACAAAUAAAAAAGGUUAUAAAAUUCUUCGUGGUUGUUCUGUUGUUCAAGGUGAUUCUGUUACCUUUGAAAGUAUGAAGACCAUUCUGAAUGCUGUCAAAGAAGCUGGUUAUUCUGUACAAAACUUAACUAUUGGUAUGGGUGCUGCUCUAUUACAAAAAGUUGAUCGUGAUACGAUGAGUUUCGCUACUAAAUUAUGUCACAUUACUUAUGCUGAUGGGACACGAAGAGAUAUUAUGAAGGCUCCUAAGACAGAUUCCAGUAAAACUAGUUUACCUGGUGAAUUUGUUGUAAAGAAAAAUGAUCAUGGUGUGCCAAUUGUUUAUCCAAAAGAAGCUUGCAUUGAAAAUGAUACUGAGAAUUUACUACGUGUAGUUUACGACCAUGGUAAAGUAUUUAAAUGGGACGAUUUUGACACUAUCCGAAGACGUGUGGCUAAAGAGUGGCCACUUUUACCACGUACUUAUGAUAACAUUAGUCCAGAACUUAAAUUAAAAAUUUCAAAAUGUCUUCAAGAGAUUAAAAAUA